CUCGUUUUGUGUGCAAGCGAGGCCCAUUGGAAAGCCAACGUCCGACUCUUGCCGCAUUUCUGAAGGUUUCGAAGAAGGACCUCGGGAAAUUACUCAGUCUCUGUAAUACGAGGGCCGCUACUGUUUCAUAGCUCAUUAGCUUAACCCGACUUUAGAGAGCCCCUCUAACUCCACCAGUAUCGAAAACCUGAAACUAGAAAACCGUCGCAGAAAUGGGAAGUCGAGGCCGUCAAGCCAAGAAACAACAGCGGGGCCCUGCAGCCCUGAGCGAAAACACAGUCGCCCGCAUCCAAGGCGUGCCUGUCGGCGGCAACAAGGACGGCGGAAAGAAAGGCGGGAAAAAGGGAGGCAAGAAGAAUGCCAACAACAAGCCAUUUGGGAAGCAGUCACCCUCCGCGGCGAACGGAAAGAAGGGCAAGCGACAGGCGGAGGAGGAGGAGGAGGCUGUGAGUGAAGAGGAGGUUCUUGAAGCGCCGUCGACGAAGAAGUUGAAGGGCGCGAAUGGGAAGGCGACUACUACGGCGAAGGCGGCGCCUGUUGAGGAGGAGGGAAGUGACGUGGAGAAUGAGGAGGUUUAUGAUAGUGCCGCUGGGUCUGAUAGCGAGGAGGUUGGAGAGGAUCUGUGGGAUGGUGCGGAGUUGGAUGAUGAUGACAAUGAGGGCAUGAUGGAUGAUGAGUUCGAUGGCAUGUCAGACGAUGACGAGGAGGGCGAAAAGGGCGAGCCUGUAGCCAUGGCAUUCGGGUCUGACGACGACAGCGACGCGGAUGAAGAAGAGCUGGAGGUCGAAAAGGAGGCACGGAUGCUCGACGCGCAAGCCGCCGAGGACGCACGCAUGGGCGACGAAGAAAUGCAAACCAACAUCGCCCAGCGCGAGAAAUUCGUGCUGCCGUCCGGUCAGGAGGUCGAGCGCGACACCCAGGUUACCGAGGACGUCUCCCUCGUGCAAACGCGUAUCCAGGAAAUCAUCCGUGUGCUCAACAACUUCAAGGAACUGCGCGACCCCGAGCGCUCGCGAGCGGAAUACGUCGACCAGCUGAUUAAGGAUCUCGCCACCUACUACGGGUACAACGAUUUCCUGCUGGAGAAGCUGUUCCACCUGUUCCCCAUCUCCGAAGCCAUCGAGUUCUUCGAGGCCAACGAGGUGCCCCGCCCCGUGGUCAUCCGCACCAACACCCUCAAGACCCGCCGCAGAGAUCUGGCGCAGGCGCUGAUCAACCGCGGCGUCAACCUCGAGGCAGUCGGCAAGUGGUCCAAAGUCGGUCUGCAGAUAUUCGACUCUUCAGUCCCUAUCGGAGCCACGCCCGAAUACCUUGCCGGCCACUACAUGCUGCAAGCCGCCUCCUCCUUCCUCCCCGUCAUGUCCCUCGCCCCGCAAGAACACGAACGCAUCCUCGACAUGUGCGCGGCUCCGGGAGGCAAAACCACCUACAUCGCCGCCCUCCAGAAAAACACCGGCUGCCUCUUCGCCAACGACGCCAACAAGGACCGCCUCAAAUCCCUUAUCGCAAACUGCCAUCGCCUUGGCGUCAAAAACACCGUCGUCUCCCACCACGACGGCCGCGAGUUCCCGCACGUAAUCGGCGGGUUCGACCGUAUCCUCCUCGACGCGCCCUGCUCCGGCACGGGAGUCAUCUCCAAGGACCCCUCCGUCAAAAUCAACAAAUCAGACGAAGAUUUCCGCCUCCUCACCCACAUCCAGAAAGAACUCAUCCUCGCCGCCAUUGACUCCAUCGACGCCACAUCAAAGACGGGCGGAUACCUCGUCUACUCCACCUGUUCCGUCACAGUCGAGGAGAACGAGGAAGUUGUGGAAUAUGCCCUGAAGAAACGGCCCAAUGUGAAACUCGUACCCUCCAGCCUCGAUUUCGGACGCGAGGGGUUCACCUCCUUCCGCGGAAAAACGUUCCACCAGUCUAUGAACCUCACGAGGAGGUACUACCCGCACACGCAGAACAUGGACGGGUUCUUUGUCGCGAAAUUGAAGAAGACGUCGAAUAAGUUCCCCGGGAUGAAGAGCAUGGACCCGAAGAAGAUUGCAGAGGAUAAGGCGGCGGCAGCUGCUGCCGCGGCGGCUGCCACGGAUGCUGACGGGUCUGAGAAGCAACGGAAGGGGAAGAAGACGGUAGCUGCUUCGACUGCGGAAAGUCUGGCGUUUGAUGAGACGGAGGACGUGCAGUAUAUCAGGCAAGCCGAGAUCAGGCGGUUGAAAUCCAAGGGGAUCAAAGUCUCGUCUGCAUCAUCCACCCCGGUCUCUGUCGAGGCUGCCACUCCUGCCCCUGCACCAACAACAAAAGACGACGCAUCAACAACAACACCACCACCAGCCCCAACAACCCGCGCAUCCCGCCAAGCCGCCAAAAAAGCCGCCCUGGAACGCCUCAAAGCCGGACAGGAGAUCGAGGUGGAUGUGUCGGAUGUCGGGAAGGUUGUUGAUCCGAACCAGGCGCCGAAGAGUAGGAGUCAGAGUAGGAAGGAGUGGGCGGGGAAGAGGAAGAGGGGUGGGCAGUAGAGAGGGUGGCGUGGCGGGAGUUUGUGAAGAGCGUAGGAGGUGGGGGAAGACC